AUGAGAUUUAAUAGUGAAACUAAUCUAAAUCAUGUAAAUCAACGUCAUUUAAAUUCAUUACCAUAUUACUUCACAACAAAACUACAACAAAAUUCAAAUAACAAUCCAAAUUCAAACAUAGCCCAUUUUACAACAAAUCCUUCAUUAACUUCAAUACCUAGAUUUUAUAAUAAGAAAUUAAAAUUCAUAUUACCAUUUUUAAUAAUUAUACUAUGUAUCUACAAAACUUUUACAAUAUAUUUAACAACUGAAUUAGAUCAACAAUUAUUAGAAAAUCAUGCAUUAAAUUUAAAUAAAAAUUCAAAUUUUAAUCCAAAAAAUAUAGCAUUAGAUUUAUUUAAUUAUUUAAUUGAAUUAAAUCAUUCAAUAAAUUCUUCAAAUUUAGGUACAAAAGAUGGGAUUUUUUUCCAUUGGGAUGAUUGGGUAGAUCUAAGUGGUGCAAAUCAUUUAAUUAAUAAAGCAAGGAUUGCGUCACCUUCAGGAAUAUAUUGUGAUCAUUCUUUAAUACAAUAUGGUAAUGUUAAUGGUCAUUGGUUAGAAAGUUAUGAUACAAAAAUAUUUAGAGGUGCAGUAAAUUUAUAUUGUUCUUAUGAUAUACCUGAAAAAGUUAUAAUAACAACUGAUGAAUCAUUAAUUGAAAUACCAGUAAUUGGAAAAAGAAGAUUUGGUGGGAAUGAUAAAACUAUACCUGUUAAAUCUGAUCAAUUGAUAAAUAAGAUGAAAAUUUUAACAAAUAAAUUUAAUAAUAUAUCAAAAGAUGAUAACAAAAAAGAGUUAACAAAUUUUAAUAUAAAAUCUAUAAAAAAUUUACAAAAACAAGUUAUGAUUGAACCAGAAGAUUUCAUAUUUAAACCAGAUAUUGAAAUUUUCAGUUUACAAGAGAAAUUAAAUAAUCAAACAAUAACAUCAAAAGAAUUAAAAUAUUUAGAAUUUUUAGAAUAUUCAAAUAAUCAUUUAGUUGAUUUUAGUGAUAGAUAUUUUAAAUAUCCUUGGAUUUAUUCUGAUAUUUUUCAAGGAAAUUCUCAUCAUAUUGCUUAUCCAUUUUUUAAAAGAUAUAUAAGUGAUCGUGAAAGACAAAGUAUAUUACAUCAUAUGAUUAGAAAUUGGUUUCAAUUUGCUGAAGUUAAUGGAUUUGCAAGUUGGAUUAAUCAUGGUUCAUUAUUAGGUUGGGCUUUUAAUGGUUUAAAUAUGCCAUGGGAUACUGAUAUUGAUAUUCAAAUGCCAAUUGCUCAAUUAGAUCGUUUAGGUCGAAAUUUUAAUAGAACUUUAAUUAUGGAAAAUCCAAGAUAUGGUAAUGCAAGAUAUUGGUUAGAAAUUGCUCCAACAUAUAUAAGACAAGGAAAUGGUAAAAAUUUUAUUGAUGCAAGAUUUAUUGAUAUAUCAAGUGGUUUAUAUAUUGAUAUAUCAGCAUUAUCACAUACUGAAAUUCCUCCACCAAUUGAUGAAAAAAAUUUUAAAGAUAAUUUAAAAACAAUGUCAGUUCAUUGUAAAAAUUGGAAUUGGCAUACAUUAGAUGAAUUAUUACCAAUAAGACAUACUUUUUUUGAAGGUUCUUCAGUUUAUAUACCAAAUAAAGUUGAACAACCAUUACGUAAUAAAUAUGGCCAGAAUGCAUUAAUUGAAUAUAAUUAUCAUAAUCAUAAUUAUCAAUCAGAUAUAAGUUUAUGGGUAAACAACAAGAUAUGUAAAUCUCCACCAAAAAAUUUAAAUAAUAGAUUUAAUAAAUGGAAUCAAUUAACUAAAAAGGGAGCAUGUAAUUCAAGAAUUUUACAAGAUGAAUUUAAUAUAAUAAAAGAAUGUGUUGAAAGACAUCAUUUACUAAAUUCAAAUUUAGAUAAUUUUAAUUUUUAUAAUAUUGAAGAAAUUGGUGAUUUACCAAUUUUUAGAAAAGAUUCUUUUGAUUAUUAUAAUGAUAUUAAUAAUCAAUUAGUUUUUAAUGAUGAUUGGUAUAUAAGAAAAGAAAUUAUAAAAUCAAAUCAAUUAAUUUCAGAUUCAAAUGAAAAUCAAGAUUCAAAUCAAGAACAGUUUUAUUUAAAACAAGAAGAUCAACAACAAGAAAAACAACAUUCAUCAAUUAAUAACGACCAUUCUUCCUCAAUUAGUAAUGUUCAAACCUCAUCAUAA